AUGCCUGGGCAAUUCAUUUACCAAAAACAUGGAAAAAGGGGGCCAAUAAUAGAGCGUGCUAAGACCCUUGAAAUCAUAUAUUGUUCAAUGGAAACAACUGAUACGCCUAAAGGUGAUGAUGAACCAAUUUCGCGAUCCUUACCUCAACCGGAAUACUCAAACAUCGAAAGUCAAAGUGCCUCUUCGAGUAUUGAGCAAAGGGGUUCAAGUGACAAGUUCCCUGCUGGCUUUAGAUCAGCUUUUCAUUCCUCUCACAGCUUAACAUUACCUAAGAAGCCAACUCAAAUUCCACCUCCCGUGCCUUCGGCCUCGGUGAGGCCGGACUGCCCAAGCCUCUCCUCCGCCGUCUCCGCCACCCCUCUCCUAAUGGCUCCCCCCAAACCUCCCCGCGCGAAUGCCAAAUCGAUGGGUUCGAAAAAGGGAAAACCUUUCGAAAGCUUCAACGCCUAUGACGUCGAGGAUCAGCAGCAAAAGGACGAUCAACAACGCAAAAGCCCAUCACCUUCGCAGCAGAAGAAUAUCCGAAUGCGGCAUCCUGGAGGCUGGGUGGAGAAAACUGACGACGAUGGAAAUAGUCUCUACAUCCAUCCCGAGUCGACAGAUCAGUGGGUUAAGGCGGUAAGUGUCAACGGUGAAACCUAUUUCUACGAGAAGACCUCGCGCAGAUCCGCCUGGGUUCUCCCUAUAGUGGAGCCGCGAAAUGUCGCCAUCGAACCUGCGUCGUGCAGACGACCAACGAGUACGAUUGGCGAACUUUUUUCAGCCCCUGUCACCUGUUUCAGCCCGGGAACCAUCAACACCAUCGAUCUUAGCGAGGCUCAGGCCAAAUUUGGUGCUCGAAAAACUCCCGUCUGUAAAAGCGGUGACAAUCUUUCGACAAUAUCUGCACAAGAUGACGGCUCAAGCCGAUUCUACCGGGUCUCAAAGGAUCACAUUACUGGACCUAUUGAAAACAAGAUUCGUGCGACGGAGCGACGGGGCCAAGUAAAUUUUACCAAAUACUCGGCAAACGGAGUUUCCCUUCCCAAGAAGUGGAUUCCCUCAAUCCUUGUUCUCAUUGGCCCAACUCUCUAUGUCUAUAAGGAUUCGAAAGCGCAAAAGGGCUCUUGCAUAUCGGGCAAACCGGAACUGGAGUCGCACGUGAAACACCUCCAUAUUUCUCCCGCCGACAAGACUCAUACCACUCGCGAGCAUACCUUCGUGUUGAAGGACUUCACUGACUCCGACAAUGUGGCCGAAUACCUCAUCGAAGUGUCUUCCGCGGAGCUUCGAAAAGCCUGGGAAACAGCCCUUCAGUACUCCCAAGAUUUUGUUAAGGAAGACCGAUUCGACAGAAGGGCUCUCUCCACUCGUCCGCCACCCAACGUUGAUCAAAAGGUGGUCGUGAUGCUUCGUGAAUUCUUCCGCAAACGGCCCACCUUGGAGAGCAUUCGCGAAGCAGGCAUCCUUCAAAAUGAGCCCGUAUUCGGUUCAAAUCUCAUUGAACUGUGCCAAAAGGAGCAAACUAAGGUGCCAACAUUUGUUACACGAGUAAUUCUUGCGGUGGAGGCCAGAGGUCUCGAAACCAGUGGUCUUUAUCGCAGGAGUGGCAAUGGCGCCGUUAUUCAAAAGUUGCGCAAUCAAGUAAAUCACAGCGAGUACUCACUGAACUCCGAUGAAUGGGAUAUCUAUGAGCUUUCCGACAGUCUGAAGCUGUUCCUAAGGGAGCUCAAGGAGCCUCUUCUCUUGUACUCACUUUACAGCGAUUUCAAGGACUUUAGCUCCACAAUGGGUUCAGACUCAGUCGACCAAAAUGUCAGCAAAAUGCGACGCAUUUUGCAGAAAUUGCCUGAGUGCCACUACGCAACUGCCAAGUUGAUCUUCGAGCACUUGAGCAAAGUUGCAGCACUGGAAAGUGCCAACCAGAUGAGCGCGAAAAAUUUGGCCCUCGUGUUCGGACCGAAUAUAAUGUGGCAGGACACGCCAACUGAUGACUAUGCCCACUUUCCCAUCGUUGGCUGCGCGUGCACGGAGUUCAUGAUCACCAACAACGCCGCUGUAUUUGCCCCUUCCACUCAGUUAAACUAA